AUGACACAGCGGUCCAAUGAGAUAUACUCACCUAUACCACGGCAUCUAUCGUUGAUACCUGCAUUGAAUGGAUUAUCGAUAUCUGAUCGUAAUCACCAACAUGAACGUGAACGUGGUAGAACAUCAACUUCCUCGCCCCCACAAGGAUAUCCUCAACCAUCUUCUUCAAGAAAUUCAUAUAAUGAUUCACCUAGAAAUGUACCUGGAAGAGUAUACACUGCUACUCCAAGUAGUACAUCGAUCUCAUCCGAUGAUGAAGAAGAUGAUCAAAGUAAAUCUUUAAUCAAAAUAGAAGAACCCAAAUCUUGGUUAGAUAUGACAGGUGGUGUUUCUAAUGAAGAUGAGAAUGCGGAUAGUAGAAGUAUAGAUAAAAGUAAAGGAAAGGGAAAAGGAAAAGACAUGGACAUGGAUGGUUUAGCAGCUAGAUUGCCACCUGAAAUACUGAUCCAAAUUCUACGACUACUUCCUGACAAUGAUGAUUUGUUAUCAUCAUUAUUAGUGUCAAGAUCAUGGUGUCUAUGUGCAUUCUCAUUAUUAUGGUCAAGACCCAAUAUCACUACAUCAAAUACAUUAGCAUCAUUAAUAAGGGUUAUAUCAUCUCCAAUACAAACUCUACCUUAUUCAGAUUCCAUUCGACGGAUACAUCUGAGUCAACUGUCAAACACUUUAACCGAUGAACUGCUCUUGGGAAUAUCAUCUUGUAAGAGAUUAGAAAGAUUGACUAUAACAGGAUCAAAUCAAUUAUCACCAGACGCCAUCAUGGCUGUCAUCAAAGAAAUGCCAGAAUUAGUUUCGGUCGAUUUCAGUGGUGUCUUAGCUGUCAAUGAUGAUGUCGUAUAUGAACUAUCGAAACAUUGCAUCAAAUUACAAGCUGUUAAUUUGGUUGAAUGUAAAUUGUUAGGCGAUCAAGGUGUUUUAGGUUUAGCUAAAUAUUGUAAAUCGUUAAGAAGAGCAAAAUUCAUAGGAUGUCAUCGAAUAACAGCUAAUUCAUUAAUCCCACUCGUUCAAAAUUGUGAUUUAUUAUUAGAAUUAGAUCUUCAAGAUGUCAUUUCAACGUCGGAUUCAGUGGUUUAUUCGAUAUUCUUGAAUUCAACUCAUUUACGUGAAUUGAAGUUAAAUAAUUGUUUAGAAUUGACUGAAGAUAGUAUACCGAAUUUAGAAGAAAUGAGAUACGCUUCAGAUGAUGAAAUAAUCAAAUUAGCUCAAUCGAUAAAUUUACCUAUUCCAACAUCAUCGUCAUCAUCAUCAACUGCAUCCACAAUCGAUUCAACGAGUAAAUACAAUCACAACAGAGAUCAGGGAAGAUCACAUUUAGAUAUACUACGACCUAGUUCGAAAAUGUUGGAUCACUUGAGGGUAAUUGAUUUUACAGGUUGUACGAAUUUAGGUGAUAAAGCUAUCGAAAACUUGAUUCCAAACGCACCAAAAUUGAGAACGUUGACUCUGACGAAAUGCUCAAACUUGACCGAUAAAUCAUUGGAAAGUAUCGAAAAACUGGGUAAACAUUUACAUUACUUGCACUUGGGUCAUGUAAAAUUGAUUACCGACGCAGGUGUCAUCCGCCUGUCUAAAUCCUGUACAAGACUGAGAUAUAUUGAUUUAGCUUGUUGUGAUCUUUUAACAGAUGAGUCAAUAACGGAACUAGGUGUGAACAUGCCUAAAUUGAGGAGAGUGGGUUUGGUCAAAGUCAUCAAAAUAACGGACGAGUCCCUCUACGCCUUAGUGGAGAGAUACACUUCCUUGGAACGGAUCCAUCUUUCUUAUUGCGAUAAUUUAUCUGUCAAAGCUAUAUCACAUAUGUUGAACAAACUCCCACAUUUGAAACAUCUCAGUUUGACUGGAGUAAGCUCUUUCAAGAAAGAUGAGUUGCAGCAUUUCUGCAGGGCUCCACCUGAUAGCUUCAACGAACAUCAAAGAUCAGCAUUUUGUGUUUUCUCAGGACAUAAAGUAGAUGAACUUCGAAGGUAUUUGAAUGAAGUUUACUUGGUAUCAAUCUUAGCUGCUGAAGGAGAAAGUGAUUCCACUUCCUUCCGAAGAGAUUCAGGUUCAUCUUCAACAAGCUCAAUCACUGUUCCUGGAACUACAUCACCUCCUUUGUUCCAUUCACCCUUUGGAGGUGGAUUGAUAUAUCCUAAUUCUCAUUAUAACAUGAGUCCAAAUAUCAACAGGAGGAAUGGAAGUGGAGAUUCAACAGGGAAUGGAUAUGUCUAUAGAAGAGGUUCAGCACCUACAUUACGUGAUAAUGGAUCAAUCGCAGUUCCAGGUUUACCUUCAAUGGUGUUCGCUAAUCCUACACCUAAUUUCUUGACUCCCCAAACGACGAUCACGACGGAAUCGCGAAGAACUACAAGAAGAGAUACUCAGACGAAUCUCAUGGGUAAUGGGAUCAACAUGUCUCCGGAUUUAAGAAACGACAGUUCAAGCUCAACGGACGAAAGAAGAAACAGAAGAAGAGGGGGAGGAGGGGGAGAAAGACCAUUCGGACCAAGAGAAGCCAUACCUCAAAGACUCAAUAUGCCAGGUGGAUACUGGGACGCCAAUCAAUCGCCAAUAGCUCAAAGGGUUGAUACGGGUGUAAGAUAUUCUACUGGUAUCAGACAAUCUUCAUCAAUAACGGAUUCAAAUCCGAUGCCAAGUCCUGAUCGAUUUCAUAAUUCACCUAACUCGCCUUCCCACACAGUUCCACAAUCUCAACAUCAACAUCAGACGCAUACGCAAACACAAACACAAACACAAGCGCAACCACAAUCACCGCAAGCGGGAUUAGGAAUAAGGUGGUUUCGUUGGGGCGAACAGCAUAAUUGA